GCACCCCGCUUCCCUUCCGCGCCCGGGUUCCCCUUCCGGGAGCUCAGGCGGCCGCCGCUACUGUCUUUCCCUCGGCUUGCAGCUCUCUUGCGGCGACCAUGGCAGCUCGGACACGCGGGGCUGCCUUGCGGCUCUGCGCCACAGUUUUUUUACUUGAGAUGGCUUUCUGUAAAGGAUAUGUAGAAGAUUUAGAUGAAUCGUUUAAGGACAAUCGAAAAGAUGACAUUUGGCUUGUAGAUUUUUAUGCACCAUGGUGUGGUCAUUGUAAAAAACUGGAGCCGAUUUGGAAUGAAGUUGGUCUUGAAAUGAAAAGCAUUGGUUCACCAGUUAAAGUUGGAAAGAUGGAUGCUACUUCCUAUUCUAGCAUUGCUUCAGAGUUUGGAGUUCGAGGUUAUCCAACAAUUAAGCUAUUAAAAGGGGACUUGGCAUAUAAUUAUAGAGGACCACGAACUAAAGAUGAUAUUAUUGAGUUUGCUCACAGAGUAUCUGGAGCACUAAUUCGGCCACUUCCAAGUCAGCAAAUGUUUGAACAUGUGCAGAAAAGACAUCGUGUAUUUUUUGUUUAUAUAGGUGGAGAGUCAACUUUGAAGGAAAAAUACAUAGAUGCCGCUUCAGAAUUAAUUGUAUAUACAUACUUCUUUUCUGCCUCAGAAGAAGUAGUUCCUGAGUACGUGACUCUGAAGGAGAUGCCCGCCGUGCUUGUUUUCAAAGAUGAAACUUACUUUGUAUACGAUGAGUAUGAAGAUGGUGACCUGUCAUCUUGGAUCAACAGGGAGAGGUUUCAGAAUUACCUGACUAUGGACGGCUUCCUCUUGUAUGAACUUGGAGAUACAGGAAAGCUUGUGGCUAUUGCAAUUAUUGAUGAGAAAAAUACAUCAAUUGAACAUACCAGAUUGAAGUCAAUUAUUCAGGAAGUUGCUAGAGAUUACAGAGAUCAGUUCCACAGGGAUUUUCAGUUUGGACUUAUGGAUGGAAAUGACUAUAUAAAUUCCUUGCUGAUGGAUGAAUUGACUGUCCCAACUGUAGUUGUACUGAAUACUUCAAACCAACAGUACUUUUUACUAGAUAGACAGAUCAAGAAUACUGAAGACAUGGUCCAGUUCAUUAAUAGCAUUUUGGAUGGCACAGUACAAGCCCAAGGAGGUGAUAGCAUUUUGCAGAGAUUGAAAAGAAUGGUAUUUGAUGCUAAAUCUACUGUUGUGUCCAUAUUCAAGAGCUCUCCGAUCAUGGGCUGCUUCCUCUUCGGCCUGCCUCUGGGUGUCAUCAGCAUCAUGUGCUAUGGCAUCUACACAGCUGACACAGACGGAGGCUACAUAGAAGAGCGGUAUGAAGUGUACAAAAGCGAAACUGAAAGCCAGGAAGCGACGGAGGAGAGCAGAGAACUGCAGGAGCCAGGGAGCGGACAGUCUCUAGUGCCUGACAGGCUAUAUUCCCAGUUCCUGAAACAUCCUUGGCAUGAGGAAGAAACUCUGAACACAAACGCCUUUAAUCACUUGCAAAGAGGUAAUGAAAUGUCAAAUGAGAUCCAUCAAGUUUGGAGGAGCAACGAGAUAACUUAUUUUCAUGUACGGAUGUCAUUUCACACAGACUUAACAAUGCAUUCCAUUUGUUCCGUACAUGUUUCAUGAGCAACCACUUCAUGCAAGAAAACUUUGUGUGUGUUAUAAUAUUGAAACGUCUCAAGAAACCCGAGACGUAGGUAUGGAUGCCUUCAUCUCCCCAGGGGCGAAGCUGAGCCUCAGAGGAGCGGAUUGGCUGGCUCACCCUCCUCCACCCAGAGCUGAGAC